AUGCCUGGCCAGAACUACAGCACCAUGUCAGAAUUUAUCCUCUUUGGCUUCUCAGCCUUCCCGCAGCAGAUGUUGCCCGCCCUCUUCCUGCUGUACCUGCUGAUGUAUCUCUUCACACUCCUGGGGAACCUACUCAUCAUGGCUGCUGUCUGGACAGAACGCAAACUCCACACACCCAUGUACCUCUUCCUGUGUGCCCUCUCCAUCUCUGAGAUUCUCUUUACUGUUGUCAUUACCCCCCGAAUGCUGGCUGACCUGCUGUCCACUCAUCGAUCCAUCACAUUUAUAGCUUGUGCUAAUCAAUUAUUUUUUUCCUUCACAUUUGGCUACACUCAUUCCUUCUUGCUCAUGGUCAUGGGCUAUGACCGCUAUGUGGCCAUCUGCCGCCCACUGCAUUACCAUGUGCUCAUGAGCCUCCAAGGCUGUGCUCGUCUUGUGGCCUGGUCUUGGGCUGGUGGUUCACUCAUUGGGGUGACAGUGACAUUAAUAAUUUUCCACCUCACCUUCUGUGAAUCUAACGUGAUCCAUCACUUUCUCUGUCAUGUUUUUUCUCUCUUAAAGUUGGCCUGUGGAGAAAGGACAGCCUUUGCCACCAUUGUUGUGAUCCUGGUGUGUGUCACACCCCUCAUAGGAUGCCUGGUCCUUAUUGUCCUUUCCUAUAUCUAUGUGGCUGCCAUCUUGAGAAUCCCCUCUACUGAGGGCCGGCACAAGACAUUCUCUACAUGUGCAUCCCAUCUAACUGUGGUGAUUGUGCACUAUGGCUUUGCCUCCAUCAUCUACCUCAAGUCCAGAGGACCCCAUUCACUUUACACUGACACCCUCAUGUCUACCACCUAUACAGUCUUCACCCCCUUCCUUAGUCCAAUUAUUUUCAGCUUCAGGAAUAAGGAGCUGAAGAAUGCUAUUAAUAAAAGCUUCCACAGGAAUUUCUGUCAACGAAGUUCCUAA